AUGGGAUUUCAAGGCAUCACAGAAGAAAAUGUUAUCAAUCCCGGUCUUGUUAUGGGUGCGUACUUUCGUGAUCGGCCGGAUUACGCCCGGCAGCCGGUAUAUCUUUUGGGUAACGAAAACGUUAAAAAUACAUUGGAAAGCAUAGGUAACGUCUGUCUGUUUGGAACAGGACCAGAUUUAGAAAGGAAUUCAGCAGAAGAUCUUUCAAAGAACCCAAAAGCGGUCGUUUCGAGCCGCGAACCAUAUCUCAGCUACUCGAAGAUCAUGAAAGCAGCCUACUUUUUGAGGCGAAACGAAGUUGUUGAAUUCCUGGUGACAGACGAAGACUUCGCACACUACCUGUGCCAAGUCCAGGCACUGAGCUUCCUCGUUACAGGCCAUCCGUCGAGGAUCAUACAGGUGGCAUCCGGCCGUGCCCCAAAAGUUUUCGGAAAACCGCAUAGGCCAAUGGCUGAUUUUUUUUGA